AUGCAGCCCUCGGAAGGUGCGCAAGUAGACCUGGGCAAGGCCCAGGUCAUUGACCGGGCCCCCAAGGUCAUUAAGGAACUCAAGUUUGGUGUUAUGUCCAAUGAUGAUAUCGUUAGUCAAGGCGUCGUCGAAGUCUCGGACCGAAAAUUUUUCGACCUCGAACACGAUAGAGCGGUAGUGCCUCAUGGUCCUCUCGAUGGGCGCAUGGGUAUCUCGAACAAGAGCGGAACCUGUCAAACGUGUGGUUUGUCUCUCCAGGCAUGCAACGGCCAUUUCGGACAUGUGAGACUCGUUUUGCCGGCUUUCCACGUUGGUUAUUUUAAGCGUGUUAUCGGUAUUCUACAAGAAAUUUGCAAGGAAUGUUCGCGUAUUCUGCUCCCCGAAGCUGAGCGCCGUUCUUACUUGCGGGAGAUGCGCCGUCCCGGAUUGGACAAUUUGCGACGACUACAAAUUGCGAAACGUAUCAAUGAGCGCUGUCGGAAGACCAGAACCUGCGAAUCAUGCGGUACGGUCAAUGGUGUCGUCAAAAAGGCAGGGACCAGCGCGCUCAAAAUCACCCACGACAAAUUCCGUGCCUUCAACGCUUCGGCAUCCGCGAAGAAGGUCCCGCCCCCGAGCAAAAUCGUGUUCGAUCGGUCCUUCGACGUAGCUCGCUCGUCCAAUGCCGAUGUCGAAAAACACUUCAAGAAAGCGCAGGAUGAUAUGAAUGCUCUACGGGUCUUGAACCUAUUCAAGAAAAUCUCAGAUACCGACUGUGAAUUGCUGGGACUCAAUCCGAGCGAAGCGCGUCCCGAGAUGUUUCUCUGGCAGUUCAUCCCCGCCCCUCCCGUUUGCAUUCGUCCAUCAGUCGGCCAAGACGCUGCUUCCACUGAAGACGACUUGACUGCUAAGCUGGGAGAUAUCGUGCAGAGUAAUAUCAACCUUAAGAAUGCCCUCCUCAAGGGCGCACCGGUACAAACCAUCAUGGAGUGCUGGGACUACAUGCAGCUCCAGAUCGCGGUCUACAUCAACAGCGACGUUCCAGGGCUGAACAAGGCAGAUUUGGGAAAGCCUAUUCGCGGUUUUGUGCAGCGACUCAAGGGUAAACAGGGUCGAUUCCGUGGUAAUUUGUCUGGAAAGCGUGUGGAUUUCUCGGGAAGAACCGUCAUUUCUCCGGAUCCGAACCUGCGAGUCGACGAAGUCGCCGUGCCGGAGCUCGUAGCUAAAAACAUGACUUAUCCUGAGCUCGUCACAAGGUAUAACAGGGAGAAGCUACAGCAGCGGGUUCGGAACGGGACGAAGAAGUGGCCAGGUGCCAAUUACCUGGUGAAAAAGGGCCAGACUUUCAAGGUCUUCCUCAAGUACGGUAAUCUUAACAUGAUCGCCGAGCAGCUGCAGGAAGGUGAUCUCGUCGAGCGCCACAUUGAAGACGGAGAUAUUGUGCUCUUCAACCGUCAGCCGUCUCUUCACAAACUGAGUAUCCUAUCGCAUUUUGCCAAGGUUCGCCCGCAUAGAACCUUCCGGUUGAACGAGUGUGUUUGCAAUCCGUAUAACGCAGACUUUGACGGUGACGAAAUGAACUUGCACGUGCCUCAAACGGAGGAAGCGAGAGCAGAGGCUAUGGAAUUGAUGGGUGUCAAGAAUAACCUGGCCACACCGAAGAACGGAGAGCCCAUCAUUGCGGCCAUUCAAGAUUUCAUCAGUGCUGCGUAUUUAAUCACUGUCAAGGACAAUUUCUUCGACCGACGCACCUUCACGCAGAUCUGUCUCUACAUGCUUGGUCCCGAAACCCCCUUUGACUUGCCCCCACCGUCAGUGCUUAAGCCGCAGAUGCUGUGGACCGGAAAGCAGGUCUUCAACGUUCUGAUGCACCCGAACAAGAAGGACCCGGUGAUGGUAAACUUGGAUGCGGCCUGUCGACAGUUCAAGGCGCCCAAGGAUGGUUCACCUCGAGACCUCGACCCGAAGGAUUCUUGGCUUGUCGUCCGGAAUUCAGAGGUCAUGUGCGGUGUCAUGGAUAAGGCGACGAUUGGUGAUGGUAAAAAGGACAACGUCUUCUACAUUAUGCUAAGAGAUUUCGGGCCUGCAGCGGCUGCUGAAGGUAUGAAUCGUUUGGCAAAACUGUCGUCACGGUGGUUUACGAACAUGGGUUUCUCUAUUGGUAUCACGGAUGUCUACCCGAGCGAAAAGCUUCUCAAGUCCAAACACGACUUGGUCGAGACGGCAUACGCACAGUGUGAUGAAGUCAUUGCCCAGUACAAGGCAGGCACCCUGGAAAAGUACCCUGGUUGUGACGAACUUCAGACUAUGGAGAACCAAUUGUCUGGAAUUCUAAGUAAGGUCCGUCAACAAGCUGGUGACGAAUGUAUUGCUCAGCUUAGCAAAUACAACUCGCCCCUUAUCAUGGCUACGUCCGGCUCCAAGGGUUCAAGUAUCAACGUGUCGCAAAUGGUUGCCCUCGUCGGUCAACAGAUUAUCGGUGGUCAGCGUGUGCAGGAUGGUUUCCAGGAUAGAACUUUGCCCCAUUUCCCGAAGAAUGCUCGUCAGCCACCAUCCAAGGGUUUCGUCCGCAACAGUUUCUUCUCUGGUCUUGAGCCUACAGAGUUCAUUUUCCACGCCAUGUCUGGUCGUGAAGGUUUGGUCGAUACGGCUGUCAAGACUGCUGAAACCGGUUACAUGUCUCGUCGGUUGAUGAAGUCUUUGGAAGAUCUUUCGACCAUGUAUGAUGACACUGUGCGAAACUCGUCUGCAGCUAUUGUCCAGUUCCAAUAUGGUGAUGACAAACUCGAUCCCGUGGAUAUGGAGGGUAAAGCCAAACCCGUCCACUUCGACCGGACUUUCAUCCACUCCGAGUCGACUACGUACUCUAACGAGGAGCGGAGUUUGCUCCCUGCUGAGAUUAUGGAUGUCUGUGAAGAGAUGCUCUCCAAGGAGCGUGCGAAGCUGGACCGGAAAGAUUUUAUGGGAAAACCGCUGGCCUACAUGGAGCGUACUGACCACGGAAUCGACCAGUACGAAAGUGCGCGUGAUUUCCUAGAGUCAAUUCAGGACUACGUAUCUACCAAGGCCGACAAACUACUUUCCCGGGGCGGUGACAACGAUAGCACCGACGUGAGAAGACAGAAGAGUCUGAGCCACACUGGAAAGUUGACCGAGAGGACACUUCGGACGUUCAUUUCGGCCUGCUUGAGUAAGUACAAGAGAGCUCAGGUCGAACCAGGUCAUGCCGUUGGUGCGGUCGGUGCACAGUCUAUUGGUGAACCCGGAACACAGAUGACCCUGAAGACUUUCCAUUUUGCUGGUGUUGCUGGUAUGAGUAUCACUCAGGGUGUUCCCCGUAUCAAAGAAAUUAUCAACGCCUCCAAGGAAAUUAGUACUCCUGUCGUUGCUUGUGAAUUGGUCACCAAAGACAACAUCAUUGCUGCUCGAAUUGUCAAGGGUCGUAUUGAGAAGACGUACUUGCGGGAUAUCAUUCACUACAUUCGUGAAGCGUGGACCGGCAAGGAGGCAUACCUCACUGUCAAGAUUAACUGGAAGACCAUCCAGGAUCUAGCGUUGGAGCUGAACGUUCGGGAUAUUCUCUCUGCGAUCAAGACUCACCGUCGCUUCAAGGCGGGCGACUUGAAGUUCCGGCACUCGCGAUCGCACAUCCACAUCCACAUGGACUUGGACCCAGCCACCAAAACGAACCUCUCCAAGACUGAAAUCGCUGCCACCAGCACAGACCCGUUCCUCCGCCUGAAGCAUCUGAAGCGCAUGCUUCCCGAUAUCCAGGUCCUUGGCCACCCGCUAGCCAACCGAGCCAUCAUCCGGACAGACGAGACCUCAACAACCAACACUCUCCUCGUCGAAGGAUACGGUCUCCGAGAAUGCAUGACAACCAUGGGUGUCGACGGUCUCAGGACAACAACCAACAACGUCAUGGAAGCACGCGACGUACUGGGUAUCGAAGCCGCACGAACCACAAUUGUCAGAGAAAUCAGCGAAGUCAUGAAGGACAUGGAUAUUGACCCGCGUCACAUGCAGCUCCUUGCUGAUGUCAUGACCUACAAGGGCGAAGUCCUGGGUAUCACGCGAUUCGGUCUGGCCAAGAUGCGGGACUCUGUUCUGCAGCUGGCGUCGUUCGAAAAGACGGCUGACCAUCUCUUCGAUGCGGGUGGUGCAGGUCGUACGGAUCUUAUCGAGGGUGUGUCGGAAUGUAUCAUCAUGGGUAAGACGGUCGGUCUCGGUACGGGUGCUAUGGAAGUCGUCCGCAGGAUGAACUUCUACGAGGGCCAAAUCGGACCGAAGAAGACAGUCUUCGAAGAUACCUGGUCGGAAGUCUGCGAAGCGCCAUUCGAGGCAAAGACCAAGGCGAAGAGGAGAGUCCGCGCUUGA